GGCCUGCUGGCUCAUCCAUCCGUAAGUGAGGGACGGGACUGAGUGACCACAGAUGUCCCUUCCAGCUCUGACAUUCUAGAACUAAUACUUGUGGAGUAUAUCUCAGGCUAUAGAGCACAGUCCUGUACCUUUCCUCAUCUUUGCACACACACCUCCCCCCCGCGCCCACUGUGGGCUGGGCACACUGGAGUCCUCAAGGAUGUUUCUAGAACACGGAUGUCUAACUGCCUUUACUAUGUCACUCAAUCCAUCCAUGACACCUUCCUGAAGCUCUGUCCCCCUGGGAAGUACUACAAGGAGGCAACACUGACCUCAGACCAGGUCAGCUCCCUGCCAGCCCUGAGGGUCAACCCUUUCAGAGACCGAAUCUGCAAGGUGUUCUCCCACAACAAUGCGUUCUCCUUUGAGGAUGUGCUGGGGAUGGCAUCUGUGUUCAGUGAACAGGCCUGCCCCAGCCUGAAGAUCGAGUAUGCCUUUCGCAUCUAUGAUUUUAACGAGAACGGCUUCAUCGACGAGGAUGACCUGCAAAAGGUUGUCCUCCGGCUGCUCAACAGUGAUGACGUGUCAGAGGACCUGCUGACUGACCUCACAAACCACGUCCUGAAUGAGUCAGAUCUGGACAACGACAACAUGCUGUCUUUCUCGGAGUUUGAACAUGCGAUGGCCAAGUCUCCAGACUUCAUGAACUCCUUUCGGAUUCACUUCUGGGGAUUUUGAUGUGGCCACAAAUACCUGAUCUGGAAGCCUCAAGGGCGAUCACUGGAACUUGGAAUUCAACCCCCUCUGGGCACUGACCGACUCUGAUCAGAAGUAUUCGUCCCUGUCCUACCUCACUUCUAGACUAUUGUUUAUUCAAUAAAGCAAAACAAAAGCCUUUCCCUUGCCCCCAGUUCAUCUGUUGAAUACAGGAUGGCACAGAAGUACUUUUUAUUAAGGACUGCUCAUUCCGGGUUUAAGUUUGCCGAUGACACGGCAAGGUGUCAUCCAAGCUAGCUAGGAUGACCAGC